AUGGCGGACGAGUUUGAGGUCGACAACCAGGGCGACGCUGGCGCGUCCAAGACCUUCCCGAUGCAGUGCUCGGCCCUGCGCAAGAACGGUCACGUCGUCAUCAAGGGCCGCCCUUGCAAGAUCGUCGACAUGUCCACCUCCAAGACCGGCAAGCACGGUCACGCCAAGGUCCAUCUUGUCGGCAUUGACAUCUUCACCGGCAAGAAGCUCGAAGAUCUCUGCCCCUCCACCCACAACAUGGACGUCCCGGUUGUCUCGCGUGUCCAGUACACCUUGUCCCAUGUCACCGGUGACGGCUUCCUCGUCCUCUACGACGAGGAGAGCAGGGAGAAGGGGGACAUCAAGAACCCCGAGGGUGAACUCGGCGAGAAGCUCCUGGCUGCCGAAGACAGCGGAGCUCAGUACCACAACGCAGUCGUCACCGUUCUAGCCGCGAUGGGCGAGGAGGCGGCCGUCAAGGCUGACGAGAUCAGCCAGAAGGAUUAG